AGCCUCCCAAAGUGCUGGGAUUACAGGCUAAGCAGUGAGCUUAGUCUUGAGGAUGCAGAGGUGAAUAAAGCCCUAUGCCUGUCUUCAAGGAGUUUGCAGAUUGGCCUAGGUGGGAGCUGGGGAACAUGCUCAAACAGGUGUCAGGGAACAGCUCUCACAGUCCUAGCUCUCCUCCUGCCUCGAGCACUUUGGACGACUUUCUUUGUUUCUUUGCUGUACCUUUGUCAUCUGUGAAUGGGACCUGGACUGGCCCCACUCCGAGGGCCCAUCUGUUCUGUCAUUUUCUGACUUGUCAGAUUUAGGUCAGGACAGGCCUGCGCCUGUGGGGCCAGCGCUGUAGCAGGUGAACCCAGGGUGUAUCAGCGUUUCCCUUUAGGGCACUCUUGUCAGUGCUCCCAACGGCCUCCUCCUUCCUCCCUGUGCUGCUCUGGGGAGGUCUCUUGGCUCUGCCCGGAAGUAGGAACGGUGGAGACAAAGACAGCUUCACAUUCUCUUCAACUGUCAGCAUUGAGAGUGGCGGAUUCGGGAGGAGAAAAAUGAGUCAGUGGCAACUCGUUGUGUGUGAAUCUGCAGUUUAUGAGUCCGCGGGAGCCACAGUCAUAGGCUGAAAGUGACCCUUAUUUAAGAGGGGCUGAGUGUGUGGAUGGAGCUGCCCUGGCGCUUUGCUGGACUAGGUGGCCUGGGGACACUAACUGAGAAGUGGAUGGGUACAGGAGCCAGCUUGUGAUCCUCAGUGUCUUACAGUUUCCUGGAGAAGUGGGUGUUUCGGCAGGAAGGUGGUGGGUAAACACCUGGAACGAUCCAUUCUGCUCACUUUUCUACUUCCCUGUACCCGUGCCAUGGAAUGAGAGGCAGCUCCAUUAACUCAUUUAAGAUCCUCAUAAAGGGAGUUAAUAUCCUGUAAUUACACAGGUGAAUUGCAGUUAGCAGUUCCAUUUGAAGAAGGGCAGCGAAAUGGAUCCUGUCUUUGUAGUGUGACCUUUACUGGGCGAGUUAAAUCCCAAAGCUAGCCAGUUUAAGGAUACAGAAGGACCUUCUGUGGCUUUCUUUCUUCAUCAUCUCAUUUGUUGGUUUAUCUAGAUCUUUCCAAGUGGCAGUGGCAUUUAUGAAGCUGCUGAGGCCUUCUGAAACUUGACAGGCCUGUUAUGCUUCUUUUGUUAAUAAAGUGUAACAAAACUGUUGAACUCAUUCUGAGCGGGGAGUGAAGGGGCAAAGACUGUACAGAAAAACAGGACAUAAGUCUGCUUUUUCCUUAAAAGAAAAAAGUUAAGAGACAGGACAAGUCAUUUCUUUUCUGCCUCUUCGUAUCACAAGUUCCUUGUUGCGAUGCCUGUUGCCUGCAGACAGCUGCUAACACCUCCCGUGCCCUCUCGAUGGCUUGCCUCCGUGCCCAUCUGAGUGGCCUAACUCACUCUUCUGACCACAACAGCAUGUUUGAUUUGGAGUUGAGACUUUGGUUCCCCCUUCUUCAAAUGCUAACCAGCUGGAGUUGCAAAAACCUUCUUCCCCGGCAACCUGAAGGUUGACUUAAGGCUAGAAUAUCUUUUUCUUGCAUCAUUAGUUUUUGGGACAUAGCAGAGUUAGCUGGUGAGACAGAUGUCAGUGAACAUACUUCUGGGCUAAACCUACUAAACCCCUAAGUAAAACGUGACUAUGAGAUUCAUGGUGUUGCCUUUUGUCCUUCACUCUGCUGAACUCUAAUACUCACCUUUUAAGUCAUUCAUUUAGACUUUAGAGUCACUAAAGAAUAAGAGACUGAAAUUACAGGUCCAAAGGUGUUGAGGAAAGAAAGAAAUUCAUCUGAAUGGAAAUAGCCAGUCCUUGAGGCCCACGGCUGUGCCAUUCUGCCGGCCAUGUCACAUGAUCUCAUUUCGUCUCUCCAGUCCUGGAAAGUGGGCAUUAGUAACAGCUGAAGACUUUAGAGUCAGUGUGUCCAAAGUUAAGACGCAAACCUGAAGCCACUGCCUUUAACUGUGAAGCCGCGAAGUCUCCCAGCGACUGCUACAAGGGGACAGUGUCGUUGAACCCAACCCUGCAGGGUGUUGGCUACGUUUGUGGUUUUAAGAAAGCCUGAGCACCUGAAGGCAGCCCUUGGAAAAGCCCUUUCCGAGGGCAUUCAGAACCUCGUGCUCCUAGAGGUGAAGCUGAACUGUCACCAGGACUUAUGACCCGUGGCUUCGCUCCCAUUCUGCCCGGCGAGUUCCAUAAGAUGGGCUCCUUCCGCAGGCCUAGACCGCGCUUCAUGAGCUCCCCUGUGCUCAGCGACCUUCCCCGAUUCCAAGCGACUCGGCAGGCUCUGCAGCUGAGCUCCAGCUCAGCCUGGAACAGCGUUCAGACUGCUGUGAUCAACGUUUUCAAAGGGGGCGGCUUGCAAAGCAACGAGCUCUAUGCCCUGAACGAAAACAUCAGGCGGCUGUUGAAGAGUGAACUUGGAUCAUUCAUUACAGACUAUUUUCAGAACCAGCUUCUUGCAAAAGGACUGUUCUUUGUGGAGGAGAAGAUCAAGCUGUGUGAAGGUGAAAAUCGCAUUGAGGUUCUGGCUGAAGUCUGGGACCACUUCUUCACUGAGACUCUCCCUACCCUGCAGGCAAUAUUUUAUCCAGUUCAGGGCCAGGAGCUGACUAUCCGCCAGAUCUCCCUCCUGGGCUUCCGAGACCUGGUCCUGCUGAAGGUGAAGCUGGGUGACCUGCUGCUGCUGGCCCAGUCCAAGCUGCCCUCGUCCAUUGUCCAGAUGUUGCUCAUCCUGCAGAGUGUUCACGAGCCCACAGGCCCAAGUGAGAGUUAUUUGCAACUGGAGGAGCUGGUGAAGCAAGUGGUUUCUCCUUUCCUCGGCAUCAGCGGGGACCGUAGCUUCUCAGGCCCCACGUACACGCUGGCCAGGCGGCACUCCAGGGUCCGGCCCAAGGUGACUGUCCUGAACUAUGCUUCCCCGAUAACCGCAGUCAGCCGGCCACUGAAUGAGAUGGUCUUGACCCCACUGACGGAGCAGGAGGGGGAAGCCUACCUGGAGAAGUGUGGCAGCGUGCGGCGGCACACGGUGGCCAAUGCCCACUCGGACAUCCAGCUACUGGCCAUGGCCACCAUGAUGCACUCAGGCCUGGGAGAGGAGGCUAGCAGUGAGGACAAGUGCCUUCUCCUGCCACCCAGCUUCCCCCCACCCCACCGGCAGUGCUCCAGCGAGCCCAACAUCACCGAUAGCCCUGACGGACUGGAGGAGGGGGCCGGGGGCAGCCAGGAGGGCUCAGAGCUGAACUGUGCUUCCCUCAGCUGAGUCGCCACCUCCAGGCCUUUCCACCUCCUGUUUUGCAACCAGGAUGAGGACACCUCCAUCUCCAUGGAUUACUGAGGGGCCUCUUGCUUUAUGCAAUGCUGCCUUAUUUCUUUUAGGGUACUGUCCUGGUCAGAAUGCCCUAAGGGGAAACCGUUGUUGUAAACCUCUUCAUUUUGGUGACUGUGACCAGUUCUUUGUAGCCACCAAUUGUAGUGAUCAGUUGCCUCAUGGUCACUUUCUGACUCCAGCCUUGCCAGCCUGACUCAGAUCCUCAUCUCUGGCCCUUUCCUCCUCUGAUGUUGGACUGCCUAACGUUCCCAAUGACAUAUCCAGUACUCCUGGCAUUUCUGGAGCAGGAGGUUGUCAGGAUCACACAUACCACCACCAAGGAUGUGUUGGCCUUUGGAGUUCCCCUUUAGGUUCCUUGUGAUGCGGUGGGUUAUAGGUGAAAAAUUAGUGGAGAGGGAACUCCUCUCCCCCAUUUUGUGUGGAGUGAAAAUAGCCUGCAGCCCCUACUCAGCAGGGCUCUGGGAAUGUGCCUGCCUUAUUUUAGUUUCAGGAUUGCUGGGAAAGUUACCCUCUGGUGGGUGAGGAUCUGUCCUCACCUACAUCCAUAUCCUAUGUGCUGCUUGCACAGAGGCCUUUGGCUUUUGACCCAGAGGGGCUGUGAGGCUGGAGCUGCCCUGUCUUUCAUUGAGCCUCAGCAUUUCCCUCUUAGGCUUCCUCUCAAGCUCAAGGAACUCACCCCCAGAUGCCUCUUGUCUCUCUCAUUUCAGAAACGGACUUUCUUAUCAUGCUUUCCUGUGGUGGGUGUGAGGGGCCAACUGAUACCAACCAACUAGCCUGUACCUGGAUUUGACUUGAAUUUUUAAAAUGUGUGUUGUUUCAAAAAAAAAGUUUGCAAAUUUUGCACGUGGGAUCUUGCACUGUUCAUUUCCACUGGGGUGAGUCUUCACACUAAAAUUACAAGCUGAGCUCCUGGGAAAAGAGACUGGAAGUGGUUCAGGAUAAAGAGAUCUAUGGUGCACACAGCUCUUAUGUCACAGAGCUCUAGAAGCAGCUGGACUUGAAUCCACAGUGGCCUGUGUAAAUUUGUGAAUUUCAUGGUUUCUGGGAAAAGCUGCAUUGGGGUGGGGAGACCCAGUUUGCCUCAUGGGCAGAGGAUUCUUCCAGGAAGCAUGGAAAAUGGAAUGUUUCCAUGCUUUACAGUGCAGGGAGAGAGCGGAGAUGUAGGCAGGACCUUUUGGAAGGAUGUUUAUUCCCUGUGGUUAAAGAAAUGCCCGGAAUUUCUAACACGUGAAGCACUUGGGGGCUGCAGGCCAUGGCACGGUGCUGCAUCCUUCUACUGCUCCCUCCAGGUCUGGGGGCUUUUAUCCACCUUGAAUCCCUGUCCUCCUCUUUGUAGUUGUCUGUCUCACUGAUAACAGCUCCAGGAAAAAAGACAAGGCUCCUCCUCUGACCCUUCCUGUUGAUGUUUAUGAAAUCUCAAAGAGAUGAGCCACCUUGGCUUCCAAUAUGGCAAGAGGGUGCUGGGAGAAGGUGAACAUCAGUCUAAGCUGCCAUGGGGAUGAGACCUUCUCAUUUAACUCUUGAUGGCAUUUCCCUUCUGGGUGAAGAUUUGAAAUACGAUCAGAAUUGUGCUCUUGAUGGCUGGGAAUUUAGAAAUGUAAGAGUUAUUUCAUUUUCAUUCUAAGAAUGAUGGGAGAGAAAUGUCCAAAAGAGAUCUGCCGAUCAGCUGAGAAUUUCAAACAAAAAAAAUCAUCUCUGUGUAUGUGUUGGAUAAAGUCUACAGACUGACUAACAUGCAUUAGCAAAUGGAACAUCAGUAGGUAGCAACAUGAUGAUUUAUGUAACUGAUAGCUUCUGUCCUUAUUAGUACACUUAACAUUUGAGACUAGUAUUUAUUGAUCCAGGCAAAUUAAUUAAUCAUGCUUGGGCUUACUUUUUCAGUUUGUAAGGUUAAUCACAUGUGCAUGCGUGCGUGUGUAUAUAAAUACCUUUUCCAUGUCUUAAAUGUCCCUGAUGAGGAGAGCAGUCAUCAAUUAAAUAUAUAAGCUCUUAAAAUGAGAAUGGGAGUGUCAGUAUAGACCCAGUAUACUUAAUUGCUGAUGACUGUUAGCCAGUUUACAACUUUACCAUCGAUGUACACACUUGAUAUUUGUGCAGUAAAUAGACUGUACCUAUAAAAAUUUUAUUGUUUAUGAUCAUGUUAGCUAUCAGAGGGCUAUUGGAAGAGUGAUAGCUGAGGUGUUUUUAACCAUUUUUUCUCUCCUAGAUUCGUUUUCAUUAUUUAUGCUAGGAUUUUCCUAUGGUUGACAUUUGAUGACAGGAAGCAAUCAUGAUUCUUCGAGUGAGCUCACAGAAACCUUUCAUGUUGUCUGUUUCCAAAACGAAUUCAAUAAACAACAUUUUGUCCUUGC